CGGGGCGCCGCGGCGCGAUGGACUCUGGGCGGGGAGUUGAUAGGCCGCCGCCUCACGUGAGAAGCUGAAAAGGGAAGAGCCGGGGGUGCGCGGGACGGAGCGGCGGCGCUGGAAGGAGUUCUUCCGCCAUGACGAUGCCAUACCUGCUCCCCACUCUGCUGUACCUCUCGCUUGUCCUGCUGGGGCCUGGUGAUGGAGUCAUUGUAUUGUCUGUCCCUGAAGUGGUUUCAUUAGAAAGUGGAAGUUCAACAAACGUCACCGUCUCUCUGAGGGCUCCAUUAAAUGAGACACUGGUGAUAACUUUUAAUAUUACACACUCAUCAAAACGCAGCACCAUUGUUGAACUGCCUGAUGAAGUACAGUUGCCUGCAGGUCACACUAAAGCAGAAUUCCAAGUGAAAGGAGAUGAUGUUGGACAAGUAACAGUUUACCUUUAUACCAUUAAUUCCAACUUAACUGGACCUAGGAUUCAAUUUCAAGUGUUCCAUAGCAUCAUAGUGAGAUAUGCUGAUGAAGUGACUGGCUGGAUAUAUUUCCUCGCCUGGUCUAUCUCCUUUUAUCCCCAACUCUUUGAGAAUUGGCGACGAAAAAGUGUUGUUGGACUAAGCUUUGACUAUAUAGCAUUAAACCUUACUGGGUUUAUAGCAUACAGCGUGUUUAAUGUUGGACUCUUCUGGAUUCCCUUGAUUAAGGAGGAAUUCUUAGUCAGUUAUCCCAGUGGGGUGAACCCUGUGGCCAUCAAUGAUGUUUUCUUCAGUCUCCAUGCAGUAGCUCUAACUCUCCUCACCAUAAUUCAGUGCUGUAUCUACGAGAGAGCAGGUCAGAAGGUAUCCAAAGCUGUUGUUGGACUACUGGCACUUGCAUGGGUCUUCACAUUUACAACACUGUUUCUUGCUGCAGCUGAGGAAAUGACAUGGCUACAGUUCUUAUUCUGCUUCUCUUAUAUUAAGUUAGCAGUCACACUGAUAAAAUAUUUUCCACAGGCAUACAUGAAUUUCCGUCGGAAGAGUACUGAGGGGUGGAGUAUUGGAAAUGUAUUACUAGACUUCACUGGUGGAAGCUUCAGCCUUCUCCAGAUGUUUUUGCAGUCAUUCAACAACGAUCAGUGGAAGUUAAUCUUUGGAGAUCCAACCAAGUUUGGCCUGGGUGUCUUCUCCAUCAUCUUUGAUAUUGUUUUUAUGGUCCAGCACUACUGCCUUUAUAAGAGACGAGGGUAUGAACCUUGUGAAUAACAUCCCUUGUGAAGACAAAAACUUGAACUUGAACUUGCCCCUGCCCUGGCUGAGGGCUUUGAAGAUGCCCACUGCCAGUUACCAGAAAUACUGCUUCUGACCUCCAUUUAUACUUUGAUCCUCUCUGGCAUGGAAUACAAGCUGCUGCCUUGCCAGAUGCCUUAAAGGACAGCAAGCCAUCUAAUCGCCACUUGCAAAUGGAAGACUUGUGCCUGUUGAAGCUGCAAAGACAAUGUAGCAUGAGCUGUCCAAGCAACAUGUGGCUCUCUUUCCAUUAUCAACAGGAAAGAGACCGGAGUGGUGUCUAUCUGAUUGGAAGUGAAGCACAAAGAGCAGAGGUCUGGCUUCCAAAGAGCUGAGAUCAUGUUUAAGCAACCACUUAAUACCUUAAUGUAAUGACUGAAGACUGUGUGUGGAUCUAAGUGCUGCUGCUGACUCCUCAGACAGACCACAGUACACCACCACUCAGGGUGUCUGUCAGCAGGUGUAGGGAUACAUAGAAGAAUAAUGAGAUUGGUACCAAAUACACAAUUGUUGGAACCUGAACUCUGGUAAAAGGGAAUACUGAGAAGAAACUGUUCUUAUUUCACUGAAAGCUCUUUCAAAGGUGCCAAGUGCUCAGAUUUACCUGACUACUUCUAGUGCACUAACUUCAUUCUGCUCUGUUCUACUGACAUGCCUUGAAUCUUAAAUGGUGGACGGUAAGACUAAAGAUUUGUUAUUUCACAAUGGAUGGUGUUGAUUGACAGCCCCAUGAUUAAAUGGUCUUUGGUUUUU